GCUUGCCGUCGCCGACCACCGCCACCUACCACUACUCAUCCCCACCACCUCCUCCACCUAAGAAAUCUCCACCACCACCAAUCUAAGCAACAUUAUGUUUACAAGUCACCACCACCACCUCCACCGGUUUACAAGUCACCACCACCCCCGGUUCACAAGUCACCCCCUCCACCUGUUCACAAGUCAUCACCUCCACCGGUUCACAAGUCACCACCACCACCAAAGAAACCCUAUGUUUACAAAUCACCACCUCCACCACCCCCUGUCCACAAGUCACCACCACCCCCGGUUUACAAAUCACCACCACCUCCGGUCUACAAAUCACCACCUCCCCCGGUUUACAAAUCUCCACCUCCCCCGGUUUUCAAAUCUCCACCACCACCGGUUCACAAGUCACCACCACCUCCGGUCUACAAAUCACCACCACCACCUAAAAAGCCUUAUGUAUACAAAUCCCCUCCACCACCCCCUGUGCACAAGUCACCACCACCCCCGGUUUACAAAUCCCCACCACCACCGGUUCACAAGUCACCACCACCUCCGGUCUACAAAUCACCACCUCCACCUAAGAAGCCUUAUGUAUACAAAUCCCCUCCACCACCUCCAGUGAAAAAGCACCCACCCCCACAUUACAUUUACAGCUCACCACCUCCUCCUUAC